CGCCCUGCUGAUUGGCUCUCGGCCGCGUCACUCCCGGCCCGCCCGCUCGCUGAUUGGCAGGGCGCGGGGGGCGGGCCGAGGCGGCCGGAGGGCAGGAAGGCGCCAUGGCGGCCGUGGCCCAGUGCAUGCGGGGAGCGGUGCGCCCGCGCCUCCCGCUACUGAGCGUCGCACUGAGAACAUCGCCACGACUGCUUUGUGCAGCAACACAACAGAAAAAUACUGGCCAGAACUUGGAAGAAGACCAGAGUCAGAGCCAAAGUGAGCAGAAGGUGGAACCCAGCUCUGUUGAAAAACUGCUAGCUGAAGAAAAGGCCAAACUGGAAGAACAGCUAAGAGAAGUUACUGAGAAGUACAAGCGUGCCUUGGCAGAUGCAGAAAACGUGAGGCAAAGGAGCCAGAAACUGGUGGAGGAGGCAAAGUUAUACGGGAUCCAGAGCUUCUGUAAGGACUUACUAGAAGUUGCAGACAUUUUGGAGAAAGCAACAGAAAGCGUUCCAAAAGAAGAAAUCAAAGAUGAAAACCCUCACUUGAAGAGCUUGUACGAAGGCCUCGUCAUGACAGAAAUGCAGAUCCAGAAGGUGUUCAAAAAGCACGGCCUGCUCAGACUGAACCCUGUGGGGGCCAAGUUCGACCCGUACGAGCACGAGGCGCUGCUGCACACGGCGGCCGAGGGCCGCGAGCCCGGCACCGUCGCGCUGGUCUCCAAGGUGGGCUACAAGCUGCACGGCCGCACGCUGCGCCCCGCCCUCGUGGCCGUGGUCAAGGACGCGUAGCGGCUCCGCCCGGGGCGCUCCGGUGCCGUACCACUAUUAAACAGCUGGAUGGUUUCUCUCGCACCGUGCUUCCCUCGUUCCUCCGCUCCCCGAGAGGGUUACAUGAGUUGGUUGAGGUUUCCCAGUGAAAAUGAAGUAACCGAUGAAAUUCUCCUGCUUAGUGGCCUUCGACAUCACUGUUCCAUGAGCUCUUCUCCAGUGUGAAGAGAGCCAUUAAGCCCUCUAAUGCUUUAGAUUAGAUAAUGUUUUAUACAACUAUUGCCCCCGAGAUGGUGAAUUAAAUUGGAAAGAAUGAAACGCUCACAAGAGUGGUGCAAUUUCGAGUUUAUCACUGUGUGUAGAUUGAAAAUACAGAUAGUGGUUCAGACACUUCCUUUGGUUUUGUAGAAUCUCACCUUGCAGAAGUGGGUGAUGUAGUACAAAUAACCUGCCUUCUGCAAGCACCCAUCAGCUUUUACACACUGAUGUGACAAAUGCCCUGUUUUGUCAAUUCAAAAAUAAUCUCUCAACUGAAACUGAAACCUGUGUGAAUUCUGAACUGUAAAUAAAUGGCAAUGGAGAUUAGA